UUCAACAACACCAUUUCUUGUUGCUGCUUCAUUCGUCAUCGAUCUGCGCCUGCGAUUAUCUCUAUCUCCGUCAAAAUCACCUCAUCUCCUCGAUUCUUAUUUUCUCUCAGGUAAGAUCAUGUUGACUGAAAGUCCAUUUAGGCCACGAGAGAAGCUUCUUGAGAAGCAGAGAUUGUUCCAGAGCAUCCAAAGGCACACUUACUUGAAAGGACCAAUGGACAAGAUCACCUCCGUUGCUAUUCCCCUUGCCUUGGCUGCUAGCUCUCUCUACAUGAUUGGAACAGGGAUCUACAACAUGUCAAAUGGAAUUGGCAAAAAGGAAUAAGCAGCUUCUUCUUCUUCUUUUUUCCUGUUCCUAUUUUAUGCUUUUUGGUUCCUCGAUGUAUCAGUGGCUGCCAUAUGCAGUAGCAGACUAAAGUUUACACUGGUCUUUAUCUUGAAGCUGUUUAUUGCGUUUUGCCAAAUAAUUGCUUAGUCACAGACAAUGUCGAAGGCUGAAGAUAUUUGAUGUUAUAAAGUUCCAAUGAAUCCUUUGUGUUUGUUUUUUUUUCCUUUCUUCUAAACUUUGUAUGCAUGUGGUCUCAUUCACAUGAUAAUACUGAUAUGAAUGUGAACGCAUUUGAAU